AUGGCAGCCAGUAUUACCCAAUCAGGGCAGACUGCAGCAGGCUGGACACUCAGAGACACUCUCCUCUUCAUCACCUUCAUCACCUUCAUCACAGAGACCGAGACUGUCUUCAUCAUCUUCAUCAUCUUCAUCAUCCUCAUGUACACCGUGCUCUUCCUCCUCUGUGGCGCUCUGACGCCGGCUCUCUGCUGUGAUUGGUUCAAUCAUCAGUUUCGUCACCUUAACGGCGAAUCACUGAAGCUGCUGCAGCAGAUGGGCGAUCAGCUGACGGAGGCGGAGGACAGUCCCGUUGCUUUCUCCUACAGACUCUAUGAACGCAUGAGGAACACUCAGGUGGAGGAGUCCCAGCUGCGUUUCAUCAGAGACAGUCUGCAGCUUAUUUUUGACCUCUAUCGCCACGGCAACCACUCCUCCGUUACCUGGGAUACCGACAAGAGCGAGCGCUUCCUGAUUCAGACGCACAGACAGAUAGAGGAGCUCAACCAAUGUUUUUCUACUGAAAGACACGUCAGCGUCAAGCUGAGAAAGUACUACAAGAGACUCAGCAAGAGCACUGUGGAGCGCAUGGGGGGCAGUGCUGCAUCCUGGGAGCUAAUCAGGCAGGAAACUGCACAUCACCUGGAGCAGUUGGACCUGCUGGUUGCCUCCAUGGCCAGCAGGAGGCGCAGCAGGAGGCCCUCUGCAGUCUCCGUCACCACCAGCAGGAGGCGCUCUGCAGCCUCCGUCUCCAGCAGGAGGCGCUCUGCAGCCUCCGUCUCCAGCAGGAGCCGCUAA